AUGAACGAAGAAAAAAAUUUGGCAAAAGGUGAAAGAAGCUCCUCAAAUGAGGACUUAAUGGAAAAGACUCAGACUUCUGUGACACUGCCAGAACAUGCUACUGAUAGCUCCUCUGACACCAAAUCUCUUGCUGAGUCUACAGAAGUCAUCAAAUCUUUUGGUGUGAGACAAACAGAGAUGGUCGUUGAGCAGGUUAAUACCGUUCCCUUAAAAGCGGUAUUCUACUUUACAAUCUUUCUUUGCUUAUACAUCAUGAAUGCUGGCUAUGCCGUGAUGAACGUGUUUGUAGGUUACGCCACAGAUUCCUACAAGCAGCACUCUUUGAUGUCUACUGUCGGUGUGAUAAGGGGCGUUGUGGCUACAGCUUCCGUGCCCUUCUAUGCUAGGCUCUCAGAUACUUACGGUCGUUUGAACUUGUUGCUCGUUGCAGUGCUCUUCGAAUCUGUUGGGACCAUAAUAGAAUCUCAAGCUACGAACGUACAGAAAUAUGCUGGAGGCGUAGCCAUUCAGAGUUUUGGACAGGCAGGUACCAUUAUGAGUAUGCAAAUUAACUUAUCGGAUGCUUCUACCUUGCGCUAUAGAAUGUUAGCUUUGGCGUUGGUAAAUGCUCAGACGAUUAUCAAUACAUGGAGUAGCGGUGAGAUUGUCGAGAGUUUGAGGGGCAAAUACAGUUGGAACUUUAGUGUGGGUAUGUGGGCCUUUAUAUUCCCCUUGGUGUAUGCUCCUUUUAUUUUGUUUUACUCCUGGCUUACCUACAAGGCAUCAAAGACGGAACCCUGGAAAAAGUUGAAGCAGGACCGCAGGGACCACUUCUUGGAAGGUGUUCCAAAUGCUGCCAAGUACUAUAAAGACCAGCCUUCAGGAGAGCAAUGGUACUCUAGGUAUAUCAAGCUUGCUUUCUUCAAGGUCGUCUAUAACCUCAAGUUGAUCUUUUGGUAUGCGGAUUUCAUCGGAUGUCUUUUACUUGCCGUGAUACUAGGCCUUAUCUUGGUUCCAUUGACCUUAGCAGGUGGAGUCUCAAGUAAGUGGCAGCUGGGUGAAAUCAUUGGACCUUUGGUCCUUGGUGUUGUUCUAAUCCCAGGAUUUAUCUUUUGGGAAACAAAACUCACAAAACGUCCGAUGGCACCCUUGAAGGUUAUGAAGAACCGUGGUAUUUGGGCGGCGCUUUUCCUCAGUAUCAUCAGUAAUCUUGCUCGUGCUACCGUCAACGACUAUGCUUAUCCUGUUCUUCAUGUUGGAAUGAAUGCCACCCCUACUGUUGCUACAAGAACCCCUAAAUUGGCGGGAUUUGUUGCUGGUGUUACGUCUGUGUUUUUGGGAUUCUUUGUUGCUCGUUUCAACAGAUCCAAAAUGCUCAUUCUCUUUGGUUGCGGAGUGAUGUUUAUUUCUAUGGGUCUUUUUGUCCAUUUCAGAGGAAGCAACGACGGAUUGCGUGCUAAGUACUUUCGUGAUGGUGUUGCUAUUGGAAUGUGCUUUUUGGGUUUCACUCAAGCAUUUUUAGACAGACUUUUGAUGGUGUCAGCGCAGAGCUGUACCAGUCAUGAGUACAUGGCCAUUGUUUCUUCGUGGUUCGCUGCCUUUUACAGAGUUGGGUGGACGAUUGGUAAUAGUAUCUCUGGUGCUAUCUGGACACAGAGAAUGUAUCAUGAAAUCGAGAAGAAGAUGGUGGAGCUUGGAGUGGAUACAUCUUUGGCACUUCCAGCUUACCUGUCGCCAUAUACUUUCAUCGAAGAGUACAAAUGGGGAAGCCCUCCUCGGAGAGCCGUCAGUUUAGCAUAUGCUCAGGUACAGAGAAACCUUUCUAUCACUGGCCUCUGCCUUUGUGUUCCCAUAUUGGCUUUUGCGUUCCUCUUGAGGGACCAUCGUUUGGUAGACAAGCAAAACUUGGACGACGACGCCUUUGUUGAUGUGGAGAAAAAUGAAUCAACAGCAAACAGAAAGAAGACAGAAAUGACGUUCACCAACGACAAGGACUAUGUCUUGAUAUUUGUCAAGAGGCUCUUUAGAAUUGGCAGCAAGAAGUCUCAGUGA